AUGGGUCACUACCUUCAAGCAACAGCUCUGUUCCUGUUUGCAUUCACCAUUAGAGAGACACUGGAGCAAAGGAUCAUUGGAGGUCAAGAGGUUGAGCCAUACUCAAUCAAAUACCAGGCCUCCAUCCAGUACCAGCAGAACCACUACUGUGGAGGAACCCUAAUUGCAGCCCAGUGGGUGGUGUCUGCUGCCCACUGCUGGAGACCGAGUUCACUCAUUCAGGUGGUGUUAAGUGAGCACAGCCUUGCCAGUGUGGAGGGCUUUGAGCAAGUCUUCAACGUCUCAAAAAUCUUUGUGCACUACAACUACAACUACAGGACAUUCAACAAUGACAUCAUGCUCAUCAUGCUAAGUAGGCCUGCCCAGCUUAAUGCCAACGUGCAGCCAGCCUAUCUGCCUACCGACACGGACCCUUUAGUGGAUAGAAGCGACACCUGCACUGUGAGUGGCUGGGGGGUCACGCGCAUCUACAGCUACUACCUGUCUCCAGUGCUGCGUGCAGUGGACGUCGACAUCAUCCCAUACUGCCACUACUACUACUACUGGAGGAUCACUGAAAAUAUGCUCUGUGCGGGGUCACCCCUUGGAGGGAAGGACUCGUGCCAGGGUGACUCAGGAGGACCUCUCAUCUGCGGUGGGAGAUUUGAAGGCAUCGUGUCCUGGGGAAUCAGCUGUGCCAACCCAUAUUUCCCUGGGGUUUACACAAGAGUGAGGAAUUACGCCAGGUGGAUCAACUGGAUUAUGGACAAUAAUCCAUAAAAAUUCUAUUCAGAGAUGGGAGCCAAUGUGAAAAAAUUUACAAGAUUCCAAAGAUAAUUUAUGACAACACAAAUCCUCUUGUUAUAAAUGUUUGACAUGUGAUUCAGGACCAAACAAUGUUAAAUACAGCUUUUGCUGUGUGAAAACAAAGAAAUGAAUACUAAACAAUUUUGACACUAAAGUCUUUUAUACAUCAGAUGUGAUGAUAUGAGGUCAAAUGUGAUAGGAGAGGAGGCUAGUGUUAGGCUAAAACCUUCCAAAUCAAAAGACUACGCUCUCAAAGUUAAAGUCACCUGCUUGCAUGUGCUUAAGUGAAGCAGGCAGUUACUCAUUGUCUCAUUAACACUGUGUCCCAGCUGACCAGAGUCUGUUGCCUGUCAAGCUGCAAUGUGUAGGCCAUGGAUUUUUGUGUGAUGUGUUCAAAUUGGAUUUGUACUAUUAUAGUUCACAUGCAGGACUUCAC